AAAGUAGCAUAUAUAAAAAACAAUACUUAAAAUAUCAGUACACUUUAAUUAUAAUUAAUUGAAAAUAUUUUAAUUAGAAAAAUAUUAUCAUUUUAAUUAAUAACUAUAUAUAAAUUUUUUUAUUAAAUCACAAUAUUACUUAAUAUUAUGUUGCCGCCCAAAUGCGUAUGAAUACAUAAAAUAGCGUCACUUCGUUUGAAAUUUUCUCAGCAAUCUCAGCUGAUACAAGAAGCUUCGCGCCAGAAUCGUUUUAGCUGUCAUACGGGUGAGAAGUGUUAGCGGUCAUAUAAAAAAGUGUAUAUUUUGAAAUUCCAAAUAAAAAAAAAAAUAUACAACACAAAAAAAAAGAAAAAAAUUUCCUAGAGAAUUUUUUUUCGCAAUAAAGUGAGUUCUCAAAUUUACGAAUAAUUUUAACAUUUCUAAAUUGAAUUGAUUAAAAAAAAAUUAGUAAAUUUAGAAAAAAAAUUUGAUAUUUUCAUAUUUUUGCUCAGCUGAUUAAUAUUUUAAUAUUUUCGUGUUAUCUCUGAAAAUAAAAAAGAGAGAGAAACAACACAAAAAAAAACAGUCAGUGCCACCAACAGAAAAAAUUCAAAAGCAAAAAUUUUCGAAAAGAAAAAAUUAUUUUAAGAAAAUAAAAAAAAAAAAAACAAAAUUAAUUUAAAGAGAAAAACACAGUGUGCGCCGUUUUUCAUUUUUAAAUUAUAAAUAAAAUUUAAUACAAGCAUAAAAUACUAUAAAACAACCAGAAAGAAUAAUAAAUUAAUUGAAAAUUUAAUUUUAAAUAAAAAUUAAGUGAAAUUUGCUAAAAUUGGUGAACUUAAAAAUAAUUAAAAAAAAAAUUCUUGAAAAAAAUUAAUAAAUAAAUAAACGUAAAAUAAUGUCACUUUUGAUUAAAUCUGAAGAAAUAAUUGUCGACAGUGCCGACUACAACAGCGAUGAAGCAGAUGAAGUACACCUGGCGUUAGAUGAUUCUGGGGGUGAGGGUUAUCAAACGGUUUAUACCGAAACGAUAUCCACACAAAAGCAUUCAGGUGGUACAACAACAACAUCACAUCAACCACAACAAAUAACAACAUCAUCACCACGUGGCUUACGUACAGUUACAAUACAACAAUUACAAAAUCAGCAAAAUGUAACUGGUUCAACAAUAACAGUAACAAAAAAUCAAAAUCAACAAUCAACUCCAAUACAAACAUCAAAAGUUAUGAUGGAAAAUGAGAAACGUUUACGUCGUGAAAUUGCUAAUAGCAAUGAACGUAGACGUAUGCAAAGUAUUAAUGCUGGUUUUCAAAGUUUACGUUCCCUAUUACCACAUCAUGAAGGUGAAAAACUAAGCAAGGUGAGUUCAAAAAACAAUAUGUCACGGAAAUUAGAAUAAAAUUAUGACCAUAUAAUUUCAAUAUUUCAAAUUAAUUUGUAAGAAUUUUUUAUGCUUCUUAUACAUUCUUGAUUAUUAUAGUAUUACAUAACAAUCUAAUUAAUUCAAUCUUAAGUAAUUGUUUUGAUUUCAAAACAAAAAUUUUGUUUUGUUAAUGCUAAUUCUCGUCGCACAGUAAUUCCAACAAGUAAAUGGACAUUCGAGUCUAUAAAUCAUACCGCU